AUGAUAAUAGAAGAAAAGGAAAAGAAAAAUAUUACAAAUGAUGAAAAUGAAAUAACAUCAAGUAUAAAUCUGAAAAAUGAAAUUUCGUUAUAUAAUAAUAUAGAAGAAUUUAAAGAAAGUAAUGAUAAUAUUCAAAAAUGUUUUGAAUCUUUAAAUAACACAAUUGAAAAUAUGAAUGUUCAUGUAAAUAAUAUACUAAAAGAUAAUGAAGAAAAAUAUAUAUUAGCAUUUAAUACAUAUAUGUAUGAUGUUCAAAAAGAAAUUAGAAUUUUAAAAAAAAUUUUAAAAGAAGAAAAAAUAAAAGAAUUAAAAGAUGAAAAAAUGAAAAAAUUGCAAAAAGAAUUAAAAUGGUAUAUAAAUGAAUGUCUAAGAUUAGAUAAUAUAUCACAAUAUUUAAAAAAAGAAGCUGAAAAAUGGAAAAGAAAUAGUUCACUUAUGAAAAGUCACAUGCUAUUUUUAGAAAAAAAAUUAACAAAAACUUUUGACAAAGUUAUUGAAAAAAAAAAUGUAAAAAUAGAAGAAGAAAAAAAAUUAGAAAAUGAAAAUAUAGAAAAUAAAAAAGAUAUAUUUAGUGAAAAAAAAAAUUUAGAACAGAUUGAAAAAGAAGACGAAAAUAAAAAUGAAAAUAAAUUAAAAGAUAAAAGAAAAAAAGAUAAUCUCAAUGAAGAAAUGAAUUUAAAAAUAACUAACUUAGAAAAAAAAUUAAAAAAACAAAUAAAUAUAAAUUCUAAUUUACAAGAAAAACUUACAAAAUAUUAUAUUGAGAAAUCUAAAUAUGAAAAAUUAUUUAUUGAUUGUGUGAAACAAAUUAAAAAAGAUAUAGAAAAUAAAACAAUGAUCAAUGAAAAAGAAAAGUACAUAGAAGAAAAUUUUUCAUCAUUAAUAGAUGAAUCUGAAUUAAGUUAUUUUACUAAAGAAGAUAAAAAAAAAUUAUUAAUAACAUUUUUUUCUUCAAAUGAUUUAAUUCAAUUUAUUAGAAAGAAAAUUUUUAGUCAAGAAAAAAAAAUGCCACUUGAUAUAUAUAAAAAAAAUAGUUACACUAAUCCUAGAAUGAAUUAUCAGAAAAAGUCUGAUAUUUCACCUUUUAUUUUGUAA